CUAAAAUAAAAAAAAGGAAUUUUCUUUAAAACUGCGUUUUGGGACGAAUUGUUUAAGCUGCUAUUCUUCAUCUUUCUCUCACUCUCUUCUCCUCGCCGCUUCCGUUGGCUUCCUGCGAAUCUCAUCUUGCAUCCACUAAACUCAACAAUGGCGGAACAGACUGAGAAGGCUUUCUUGAAGCAGCCUAAAGUGUUUUUGAGCUCGAAGAAGACUGGAAAGGGAAAGAGGCCUGGGAAAGGAGGAAAUCGUUUCUGGAAGAGCAUUGGUUUGAGCUUUAAGACUCCCAGAGAAGCUAUUGAAGGAACAUACAUUGACAAGAAAUGUCCCUUCACCGGUUCUGUUUCAAUCAGGGGACGUAUUUUAGCUGGUACUUGCCACAGUGCUAAGAUGCAGAGAACCAUCAUUGUUCGCAGGAACUACCUCCAUUACAUCAAGAAAUACCAAAGGUAUGAGAAGAGACACUCAAAUAUCCCUGCACAUGUGUCACCUUGCUUCCGUGUCAAGGAAGGAGACCAUGUUAUCAUUGGUCAAUGCAGGCCUAUCUCGAAGACAGUGAGAUUCAAUGUGUUGAAGGUAAUCCCAGCAGGAGCUGCUGCUGGAGGAAAGAAGGCUUUUGCAGGACUGUAAGGUAUUUUUGAACAGAUUGUGGUGUAGCUAGGAUCUGUUUUGAAUUUUGAUAAUUUGAAAUCAGUUUUGUGAAUACGUCUUUUUGGUAUAAUCUUGGGAAAUUGUAGUUCAAAUAUCUUUAUAUUGUCAAAUGUUUUGUUUUAGGACCUACUGUAGUUUGUUUUGCAAUAUUAUUACUGCGAUCACAUUCUUUCA